AUGAAGGUAGUCAAGGUCAUCGCACAGAGGGAGCCUCCGCCGCAAUGGGGGUACCUGGCGUUCAUGGUCGGCAUGCUGUACUUGUUGCGCCGCGCCAAAAUCAAGGACAUCCCGCGCGAGAAUGUGCUGAGCUUCUUCGCUGCGAUGCUCCCCACGGAGCUCUCGCACAACUUGCUGACUGUCAAUGCCGCUGUGAUCUACAACCUGCACAAGUCGAAGAAGCCUGUAUUGUCGGGGUGGGUGGGGUCGACUGCUGCCUUGCUGCAAUGCCUCGUAAUGAUUCGGCUGGCGAAAAUGUACCGCGACAAUGUCUCCGCCAAGCACGUGAUCCGGGACGCAAUGCACACCUCCGAUGUACCCUCCGACAGCGUGCAGCGCAUCGGUGAGAUCAGCUGGAAGCAGUGGCUGGCCGUCUUCUUGCCCGUUCCUCAGCCCGUGUCACUCUGGCUGGCAUUCCCUGGAGUCGCCAAGGUGCAAACAGUGGCGUAUGCCCACGUCGGCAAGAACAAGACCACGCCGCUGCUUAUGGACGUGUACAAGCACCGCGAUACGCCGUCCAAUGCUCCGAUCGUGUUGUAUAUCCACGGUGGCGCCUGGGUCAUGAGCACCCGUGAGACGCCUCCGCUCCCGUGCAUCUACCAAAUCGCCGCUCGGGGAUGGGUAGUGUGCGUGUUCGACUACCAGAAGUCUCCGAAGAUCGCGUUUCCCGAGCACUUGAUCGAUGCCAAGCGUGCCAUCGCGUAUCUGCGUCGAAACGCACAUGAGAAGUUCGAUGCAAACCCCGACUACAUCGUCGUUGGAGGAGAGUCUGCUGGCGGCCACUUGGCAAGCUUGGUGGCGCUUACUGCGGCCGACAAAUCGCUGCAGCCCGGGUUUGAAGAGGUUGACACGAGUGUCCGUGGCUGUAUCGAUACUUAUGGAGUGCACGACUUCAAGGACCGACACGGCGUGUACUUCUACAAGGACAAGGAUCACAUCUUCGUACGCUUCAUUGAGCUCCUCGUAAUGCAGAAGAAGAUGGGCGACGCCGAUGAAGAAUGGGAGAAGGCCUCGCCCGUCGGCUGGCUGCGCGAGGAGAAGGAGAGCGAGCUGCCCGCCGUCAUCCCGCCGUUCCUCGUCUCCCACGGCACGCUCGACACGCUUGUCCCGUUCGGAAGCUCGCAGGUUUUCUUCGAGCAGCUGCAGCUCUACCGACAGCGCGCCCAGCAGGGCCCGCUGGGCGGCGUCAGUGAUGUUUUCCUGGAAAUUCCAGGAGCGCACCACGCGUUCAACUACGUGAUGUCCCCGCGUGCGCUCGCCCACGGCCAGGCUGUGGUCGCCUUCCUCGACAACCUGUACGCCAAGACCAACGACAUUCCAGUGCAGAGCGCAACGGCCCCGGCUCCAGCCCACAUAGAGGAGCUGCUCGACAGUGGCUGUACACCGCGCGAAAUACCACCAGAUUGCUGCACGAUGAAGGUCGUCAAGCCCGAGCCUUCGCCGUACCUGAGCAACGAGCGCCUGACGCGCUGGGCGUACCUGGCGUUCGCCGUGUCCACGCUGUACGUCGUGGAGCGCGCCAAGAACAACAAGAUCCCGCGCGAGAACUUCUUCGGCAUGGCGGCGUCGCUGUUGCCCACCGAGCUGUCGCACAAGAUCGCAGUCAUGCACGCGUGCCUGAUGGGAUUCUUGCUCAAGAAGAAGAUGCCGAUUUUCUCGCGCUGGAGCGGCGCGUUCGCGGGCCUGGUGCAGUGCGUGGUGGCCGCUAAUCUGGCGAAAUGGUACGGACAGAACCUCUCCUCGAAAGAGGUCAUUCGUGACGCGCUAGUCGCCUCGGAUAUCGCACCGGCGCAGCUGGAGAGCAUCGGCCGCAUGUCGUUCAAGCGCUGGCUGAGCGUGUUUCUCCCACUGCCCCAGCCCAUGGCCGUCUCGAUGAGCUACCCCGGAGUAAGCAAGAUCCGCACGGUCACGUACGCGCACGUGGGCAAGACCAAGACCACGAAGCUGCUCAUGGACGUUUACAAGCAUCAGGAUGCACCAGCGAAUGCGCCUAUCUUCCUCUACAUCCACGGUGGCGGUUGGGUCAUUGGUGAUCGCCGUAUCCCGCCGUUCACCUGCGUGUAUCAGGUCGCCUCCAUGGGCUGGGUGGUGUGUGUCAUCGACUAUCGAUUGUCCCCUGGAGUGGCAUUCCCCACGCACUUAAUCGACACGAAGCGCGCUGUUGCUUACCUCCGCCGCAACGCCCGCGAGGAAUUUGACGCGAAUCCAGAGUUCAUUGUGGCAGGCGGCGAGUCUGCUGGUGGACACUUGGCUAGUUUGAUGGGUCUCACUGCUGACGAUAAAUCCCUACAACCGGGAUUUGAGGAAGUGGACACAAGUGUGCGCGCAGUCAUCGACAACUACGGCGUUCACGACUUCACAGACCGACAUGGAAUUUACUUCUCGCGCGACAAGACGCACGGACUCGUUCAAUAUCUCGAGUUUCUGGUGAUGCAGAAGAAACUCAAGGGCAACACCGAGGACUUUGAGCGAGCGUCACCGAUCGCGUACCUGGAUGACGAGCGAGCAGAACAUCGCCGCGACGUUAUCCCGCCGUUCAUGAUCACACACGGCACGCACGACAACACGGUGUCUUUCAAUGACUCGCGUCUAUUCUUCGAUCGCCUGCGUCAUUACCGCCAGAAUCUCCCCAAGGAUAUCGCAUCGUAUCAGGCUAAGCAGCUCGGGGGCGUCCAAGAUAUCUUCGUCAAGGUGCCGUACGCCAGUCACAUGUUCAACUUCCUGCUGUCUCCUCGCGCAUUAGCGCACAACGAUGCUGUCUGUGCCUUCCUCGACAAUGUGUACCAGAAAACCAAGGAAGUGCCUCUCGAAGCUCGGAUUCUUCCCAGCCGCGUCGAAGAGAUCCCAUCAGCAAAAAAUGGAAACAAAGAGGUGCCUUCUGCCACCAUGGCGAGGCUGUGACGCAGUACAAUUUGUGAAAAAUAAACGCUACUUAUCAUUGC